GUUUAUUCAUGAAGUCAGACAUGAUAACAGAUUGCAAAAUAACGAAACAUAGUCACAGAUGCUCUGGCAAGAAUUAACAUCAUUGAUACAGUAAUCAUCGUUAUUGAGAUACACAUAUGUUUACUCUGUUAACAAGCAAAUAUCCAACGACACAUGGCACUUUAUACCGGAAUCCAAUAUUGAAUGAAGUGUCUCACAAAAUCCAAUAUCAUCAAACCCUUGGUAACUCAGGUAGGAGUAUCUCAUAAACAUUGGACUCGUUUAAAAUCGUAAGCAAUACAAUAUUCAGUGAUUCGUAGACAAGAUGCCAAAGGUACGAAGAAGUAAAAAAUCUCCACCUGAUGGUUGGGAAUUAAUUGAACCUACGUUAGAAGAACUGGAACAAAAGAUGCGCGAAGCCGAAACAGAGCCACACGAAGGUAAACGUAAACAGGAAUCUUUAUGGCCGAUAUUUAAAAUUCAUCAUCAAAAAUCACGAUAUAUAUAUGAUUUAUUUUAUAGACGAAAAGCUAUAAGUCGUGAAUUGUAUGAUUAUUGUCUGAAUGAAAACAUAGCAGACAAAAAUCUUAUAGCAAAAUGGAAAAAAGUUGGAUAUGAAAACUUAUGUUGUUUGCGUUGUAUACAAACACGUGAUACUAAUUUUGGUACGAAUUGUAUUUGUCGUGUACCAAAAGGAAAAUUAGAAGAAGGUAGAAUAGUAGAAUGUAUACAUUGUGGUUGCAGAGGAUGUUCUGGUUGAUAUGUACCUUUAUUGAUUAAGAUAUUAUAAGAUAUUAUAAGAAUUAUCAUAAUAAUAAUAUCGAUCACUUAUUA